CCCCGGUCCUCCCCCGGUCCUCCCGCUCCUCCUCCUCCGCUCCUCUGCCUUCAUCUCUCCUGCCGUCCGGACGCCGCUCGACCUUCUCCUGCUCCGGGACCACACCGCGGACCGUCUGCUCCAGUCCAGCCGCUGCCAUCAUGUCUUCAGUCCUGCAGAAGCUGAUCAGUCCUCUGGCCGGGACCCCCGCCGAGCCCCCCAGGAACAAGGUGACGGUGGUGGGGGUGGGCCAGGUGGGCAUGGCCUGCGCCGUCAGCAUCCUGCUGCGGGACCUGUGUGACGAGCUGGCCCUGGUGGACGUGAUGGAGGACCGCCUGAAGGGGGAGAUGAUGGACCUGCAGCACGGCAGCCUGUUCCUCAAGACCUCCAAGAUCGUCGCCGACAAAGACUACGCCGUCACUGCCAACUCCCGCCUGGUGGUGGUCACAGCGGGGGUCCGUCAGCAGGAGGGCGAGAGCCGCCUCAACCUGGUCCAGAGGAACGUCAACGUCUUCAAGUCCAUCAUUCCCCAGAUCAUCAAGUACAGCCCCAACUGCACCCUGAUCGUGGUGUCCAACCCGGUGGACGUCCUGACCUACGUGACCUGGAAGCUGAGCGGUCUGCCCAAGCACCGCGUCAUCGGCAGUGGGACCAACCUGGACUCGGCCCGCUUCCGCUACCUGAUGGCCGAGCGCCUGGGGAUCCACGCCACCUCCUUCAACGGCUGGGUGCUGGGCGAGCACGGAGACACCAGCGUCCCGGUCUGGAGCGGAGCCAACGUGGCCGGAGUCAACCUGCAGAAGCUCAACCCGGACAUCGGUACCGACGCCGACAAGGAGCAGUGGAAGGCCACACACAAGGCUGUGGUGGACAGUGCCUACGAGGUGAUCAAGCUGAAGGGUUACACCAACUGGGCCAUCGGGCUGAGCGUGGCCGACCUGACGGAGAGCAUCGUGAAGAACAUGAGCCGCGUGCACCCGGUGUCCACCAUGGUCAAGGACAUGUACGGCAUCGGGGAGGAGGUCUUCCUGUCUCUGCCCUGCGUUCUGAACAGCAGCGGCGUGAGCAGCGUGGUCAACAUGACCCUGACCGGCGAGGAGGUGGCCCAGCUGAAGAAGAGCGCCGACACACUGUGGGGCAUCCAGAAGGACCUGAAGGACCUCUGAACACACACACACACACACACACACACUCACACACUCCUGUUGUAGCGCUCUCCUGUGUAGACUCCACUCUGAAGGAGCUGUUCCGUCUCCCUCCCUCCUCUCGGCUAUCGUUACUGUUGGUGUUAGCAGACGUGUUCCUGUAGUGUGUUUGGACUCCUGUGACCGGUGUCAGUAUGAGCAGAACCAGAACCAGAAGCGGCCCGGAGCGAGGCGGGGGGGUCACUGAGGGGAGGAAACACGACGCUGCCGCUCACUGAACUGUCACAGCGACUUGAUGUUCAAUAAAGCUGAACCUGGUGUGAA